AUGGAUGAUAUAGACCAAUCAGAAAUAUAUGAUCCUUCGAUAAAUUCAUUAAGUCAAGUUGCUUCUGUUAUUGAUCAUCCUCUGUUCUUGCAAAGUGAGAUACAAGGUUGUCUUGAUGUUGGUGAUCCUAACUAUGAAUGCUCAAUCUGUGGGGCGUGUUUCUGGUUAUCAGAACGUGUUGAAAGAGAUUCUACAAUUAGUCGUCCUGUUUUUACUGUAUUGGAUUCAGUGAAUGAUGGGAGUGGUCCACCGCAGUUUAUAAUAACUGGUCAAAAUUAUCAUUGGAUUGGAAGUUUGCUCCCAGAUCCUAGUCAGAAGCCUAAAUUUGUGCAAUUAUAUAUAUACGACACUCAGCAUGAGAUAAUGCAUAGGCAGGGAAUCUUUCGGAAGGUCGAUCGAAGAAAUUACAAUACUCCCUCUUGUGAUGAAGUUGCUGCUCUGAUUGUUGGAGAUUUUGAUUCGUCAAAUCAUGGUCGUGACAUUAUUGUUCGAUCUACUGCUGGUCAGUUGCAACGUAUCUAUGAAACUCAUGCUCUGUAUUGGCCUUUACAGUAUCCGUUGUUGUUUCCAUAUGGCGAGCAUGGUUACCAGUUGAAUAUUCUAUAUCGAGGUCAACAGGAGGGAUAUGUCCCUGGAAGAAGAACAAGGGUUUCUCUUAGGGAAUUCAUAUGUUUUUGUUUGCAGAUUAGGGAGCAAGAAGAUGGAAUUAUUCACAAGUGUAGGCAAUUAUUUCAACAAUUUUUUGUUGACUGUUUCACGAUGAUUGAGUCACAGAAGUUGUAUGAGAUUAGAAUGAAGCAAAGUACAAUUAGAGGAGAAGUGCUCCAAGGAAUAGAAGAGGCUAUGUGUCGUGGUGACGACGAAGCUUCUUCAAUUGGGACACGAGUCAUCUUGCAUUCUUCGUUCACUGGUGGUAGACGUUAUAUGUUUAAUUGUUGUCAGGAUGCGAUGCCUGAAUUUCAGCGGUUCACGGAGCGGGAGCGAAUUCCCAUCGCUGAUCGUCCUGAUAUCUCUUGCCGGGUUUUUCAUGCUAAGUUGAAAUGCCUGCUAAGCGAUCUCAAGGAAGGUGUAUUUUUUGGUCCACUUAAUGCAGGUAUGUAUACUAUUGAGUUCCAAAAAAGAGGUCUACCGCAUGCACACAUGUUACUAUGGCUUAACGGGGAAAGCAACUUACAAAGUGUUGAAAUUGUUGAUGAAUUCAUCUGUGCCGAACUACCCAAUCCACAGAAAUUUCCAUCUCUUUAUAAUGUCGUCUCCAAGUACAUGAUCCAUGGUCCUUGCGGUCUUCUUAGACCGAGUUCUCCUUGCAUGAAAGAUGGUAAGUGCUCAAAAUUUUAUCUGAAAAGAUUUGUUGAUCAAACGAGCUUUGAUGAAGAUGGCUAUCCGAUUUAUAGACGUCGUAAUAUGGGUGUGACAGUGAAGAUCAACGACGUUGAUAUUGACAACAGAUUUGUUGUGCCUUAUAAUCCACUGCUGUUAAUGAAAUAUCAAGCUCACAUAAAUCUUGAGUUCUGUAACAAGUCAAACGUCAUCAAGUAUCUUUUUAAGUAUAUCAAUAAGGGUCCAGAUUGGGUCACUGCAACUGUUGGAGAAACAUAUUAUGUUGGGGAAUCUUCUCAGCAUGUUGUAUUCGAUGAUGCUGAUAUCACUACUUAUGUUUAUUUGCGCAACAAAGAUUUGCUGACGAUGUUUAAGGGUUGGAUGAUGGCGAACAGGCGGUUCCCAGAUGGGUGGUCUUUAACAUAUGUUGAAUAUCCAGGAAAAUUUUUCUACUGUUUGAACAGUAGGGAGUGGAAGCCGAGAAAGAGGGGAUUCUCAAUUGGAAGAUUGAGUUUUGCUCAUCCGUCAUCUUGUGAACUUUUCUAUAUGCGGAUGCUUUUGAAUGAGGCAUGUUCUUCCAUGGGAUUCUUGAUAGAUGAUAAGGAGUAUGUUUCUGCUAUUAAGGAAGUUGCCGAGGUAGCGUCCGCUGCACAGCUAAGGAGGUUUUUUGUGAUGUUAUUGUUAUCUAGUUCCAUGGGAAGGCCUUUGUCAGUUCGGGAACAAACUUGGGCCUAUUUGUCUGAUGAUGUUCUUUAUCGCAGAAGGCAUGAGCUGCAAUAUCCUGAUCUAACGAUGAGUUAG